AUGGACAGUGGUGAUGACUGUACGACCCUGCGAAUGUACUUGAUGUUACUGAAUUGGACGCUUAACAUGGUUAAGGUGCACUUGGAACAAGAGAAACAUGAACUGAGAAGACGAUUUGAGAAUAGGGAAGGGGAGUGGGAAGGACGGGUGUCCGAGCUGGAGAGUGAUGUGAAACAGCUACAAGAUGAAUUAGAGAGGCAGCAAGUUCAUCUUCGAGAGGCAGAUCGAGAAAAAACACGGGCUGUCCAGGAACUAUCAGAACAGAACCAGAGGUUAUUGGAUCAACUCAGCAGGGCAUCAGAAGUUGAGAGACAACUCUCCAUGCAGGUCCAUGCCCUCAGAGAAGAUUUUCGGGAGAAAAACUCAUCAACCAACCAGCACAUCAUCCGUCUCGAGAGUCUUCAGGCUGAGCAGGUUCUUGAAAUCAAGAUGCUGUCGGAUCGGAAACGGGAGCUGGAGCAUCGUCUCAGUGCCACCUUAGAGGAAAAUGACCUGCUGCAAGGCACUGUGGAAGAGCUGCAGGACCGAGUGCUGAUUCUGGAGAGGCAAGGCCAUGACAAAGACUUACAGCUGCACCAGAGCCAGCUAGAGCUCCAGGAGGUGCGGCUCUCCUUCCGGCAGCUGCAGAUGAAGGUGGACGAGCUCACUGAGGAGAGGAGUCUACAGAGCUCUGCCGCCACCAGCACGUCCCUCCUGUCAGAGAUAGAGCAGAGCAUGGAGGCUGAGGAGCUGGAGCAAGAGAGAGAGCAGCUGAGACUGCAGCUCUGGGAAGCCUACUGCCAGGUCCGCUAUCUCUGCUCACACCUUCGAGGAAAUGACAGUGCCGACUCAGCAGUGUCCACAGACUCCUCUAUGGACGAAUCUUCAGAAACCUCAUCCGCCAAGGAUGUGCCAGCCGGUAGCUUGCGCACUGCUCUCAAUGAGCUCAAGAGACUGAUACAGAGCAUUGUGGAUGGUAUGGAGCCCAUGAGCUCCCGGAGAAUUGAGGAUGACUCCUUAGAAGAACAGAUAAGGCAGACCAGUGAGGACUCAAGAGCCCUGAGGGAGCUCAUGGAGGGAGAGAGGGGUAAACUGAGGCAAAGCCUAGAAGAGCUGCAGCGACUCCACAGCCAGGUGACCCUGCUGAGUGUGGAGAUGACUGCACUGAAAGAGGAGAGGGAUCGACUUAGAGUGACAUCGGAGGACAAAGAGCCAAGGGAGCAGCUUCAGAAGGCCAUCAGGGACCGAGAUGAAGCCAUCGCAAAGAAGAAUGCUGUGGAGCUGGAACUCGCCAAGUGCAAGAUGGACAUGAUGUCUCUGAACAGCCAGCUGCUAGAUGCCAUUCAGCAGAAACUGAACCUCUCACAGCAGCUUGAGGCUUGGCAGGAUGACAUGCACAGGGUCAUUGACCGGCAGCUGAUGGACACGCACCUGAAGGAACGGAGCCUGCCUGCUGCUGCCUUCUCCAAGGGCCACGGCAUGGGGCGGGGGGCUGAGCCCAGCACCACAGAAGGCAAAGGGCUUUUCUCAUUCUUCAGGAAAAUUUAAGUUGAGAGGAGCUGGGUCCAGGGAUGGGUAGACACUGGAGCCAGCUGCAGAGGCAGUGUGAGAGAGGGCCUGCCUCCCCUGUGGCCUGAGCUGAGCACCACACUGCCCGCCUGCACUAGGGCAUGGUCAGUCCAGGAACACUUGCUUUUUGUGAGUGCAGAUGGUGCAGAUGGAGACCAAGAGGUGGGAGCCUGCGUUGACCUCAGAAAACUGUCUCGACAGAGGGACAGGCAGGAACCCUGUUCCCACUGCCUGGCCAAGUUUCAGCCUGGGUUUCUCCAGGAUCCUGUUAUUGAGCCCUAGACUGGUCCCUUGGUUGCUGAUCACAGCCCACCCUGCAGGCACUGCUGCCUCCCGUUUUAGAAAACAGGGAACAGAAGAAAUGGAGGCCUUCAUCUGCAUGCCUCAGGAGGUCUGAGCCCCAGAGACCUGGUCCUGCAGGUAGGAGGCCCAGACCUGAGCCUCCAUUCCUGCCCAGCCACUGGCCCAGAGUUAAGGGGAGGCACAACCCCUCACCCAGUGCAUGUACCUCUGCUGGGCCCUCAGUGAGCAGGAGGCCCAGCCUGUGGCCAUAGGGCCUAAGAGCUAGAGAGUCCUCAAACUCGGCUGAGGCCAUCCUGAGCUCGAGGGAGGACGGAGGGCCCUGUCCCCUGGCUGCCACGACCUUCCUCCCCACGAACAAUCCUUACCCCUUAACAAGGCCUGAGCCAAGGUUCUUGCUGGUCCUCUACAGCCCUUUUCCCUUCUUGGGGCCAGGCCUGGGAGGAGACUUAACUUUCCUCCCAUAGCCUCCCUUCCCCUCAAAUAUAGUUCCUUGGUACAUAAUGGCCUCAAAGGGGUCUGGUCAGCAACCCCCACCUCAAAGGCAGCAUUAGCACCGCGGGGAGGAUGGGGGCCUCUGGACACUGCCCACCAGGCCUGCAGAGAGACAGGGCCUGCAGCCUGCUGCUUUCGCAGCAGCCACCUCCCAGCUCUGCUGAGUUCCCAACUCAGAGGCUCCAUGGGCCCAGCCAGCCCGCAGCUGCUGACCACUGAUUCAGCCUCCCUCACGGGACAAGCACAGCAGGGAUGAGCAGAAAGAAUGUACCUAUAGAUAUGUACAUAUCACAGUGCUGUAAUUUUGUAUGUAGCAAUCAUGUAAAUAUAUGUAUGGGUUUUAUAAUAUACAUAUAUAAAUCUAUAAAGGCAUAUUUUUAGAAAAACAGCGUACCACAGCUUCUUUUG